AUGUGUUACGAGUUUUCCGUGGACGAAAUGGAACGCAAAAGCCUGGCUUUACAGGAGAAAAGCAUCUGGAAAGAAAAAAGGUUGACGGAGAAGGUGCACAAUCUGGAAAAGGUACACGAUAACGGUAGCGCUUGUAGUACCAGAUUGAUUUGUAAGUAGGAUAGUAUCCUUGUUGUAGUUCUAGUUAGGUUACUAAUACUAGCUAGAGGUAGGCUUCGGAUAAAUACUUACAAGUAUUUCUCUCUCUCUGAAGUUUUCCAACGCGCCAUUCAUUGCCUGGUGCCUGCGUGUGGCCGUGCGACACAUAUGAUUUUUCCACACGGAAAUAAAACAUACCACAGGUCCUCGCCGAAAAAGACGAGCAAUUCGCCUUAGUCUACAACGAAAACGACUUUCUGAAGAAGAAGGCCCACCCAACCGCAAAGCAGCGUGAAGAAAUGCUGAAGCAGAAGCUGCUGCAGUUGGAGGAAGCAGAGGA